AUGUUCAUUGUCGAGCACCUUCGUCGAGUACCGUUUCUGGCCACAUUAUGGCAUUCCACUAUCGCACGAUGCGCUGGCUUAUGGAAUCUUAUCUCAAGACUCCUUGAACGAAAGCUAUGGCUGUCACUUGAGACCCAUACCGAGAAAGACACGAAGCCUCCGACGCCUCCGGCGCCUCCCCGUCACAUCACAUACUGGCCUAUUCCGGGGUCAUGGCAACGAAGGGAACACCCCAACUGGCCUGACUCCAGUUUCCAGAUUCCCGAAAACGUACCAUAUGGCACGAUCUACUAUAUCACGAAAGGGAAGCAAGUCGGCCACGGGGCAACAGCGCACGUUGAGCAGCUCCCGUCAGGGCACGUCGUGAAGUACCCAAUACCGAACCCAUACUCGCCUAAGGAAGAGGAAGAUCAUCGCAGGGACAUGAGGAUAGAGGCUGAGAUCUACCAAAAACUGGGGGACUGCCCAUAUAUUCCUGGGUUGAUCGACUGGGACCCCGAGUCUUGCUGCCUAACUCUAGAGUACCUUGAGAAGGGAGACCUAGCGAUGUACAUCAAGGAGACGGCAUACAUUCCCGCUGAGACUCGACAGUGUUGGACCCUCCAGGAAGCUGCGGCGCUGCUCGCGCUCCACGCGGCAGAGGUCAUCCACUGCGAUGUCACGCCACGUAACUUCAUGCUAAACUCGGCCCUCGAUCUCCACAUCGCCGACUUUGCUGGCAGUUCAGUCGCUGGAUCAAUCCCUACUAUUGCGGCCGGGCCGAGAUUUCGGCCGCCAGGUUGGAGCUGGCACCUUCCAGCAAAAAAGGCUGAUGACAUCUUCGCCCUCGGCUCAGCCAUGUACUUUAUCAUGGUUGGCGAGGAGCCCUAUGCUCAUAUAUUGGAGGAAGAUGUUGAGAACCUGUUUAGGGAAGCAGUUUUCCCUGACGUAUCCCAUCUGAUCUGCGGAGCUGUGAUUCGGGGUUGCUGGGAUGGGACUUUGGAUACUGCGGAACAUGUUGUCAAUUCUUUAACUGCCUUGUAUACUACGACAGCAAAAUCGGCUCAAGCUGAUUGA